AUGGUUGCUCGCAUCUUUGGCCUUUUGCUGGUCUCCGUGCUCGUGCUCCAAAGCUGGCAGGAUGCGGUCCAGGGGCCAGAUUGCCCGGCCGGCUGGGAGCAAGACCAGGACAACCUCGGCUUCCGCUACUGCUUCAAGUUCUCCGCGGCGCCUUUGGCGUUUGACGACGUGCAGUGUGACUGCCGGCGUUAUGGGCCGCUCGUCGACAUCGCCUACUACCACAAUAUGGAGCAGAUGCAUCGAAUUGCUGCCCUACUUCCCGCCGGUCAUCACGCUUGGGGCAGUUGGACGCGCGUGCGCCGUUGCCUCUACAACGAGAACAACAAGUGGAAGGACUACAGUGACCGAGAGCUCCUGCUCGAGCUCGGCGUGGCCGAAGGGACGUGCACCGACGAUCUGCCCAUCACCGAGUGCCUCCAGGCGCUGCCCAAGAACGAGUGGCCGCCCAAGGCUCGCCCAUGUGCCCCCGAGGCGCUGUACGGCAUCUGCUCGGCGUAUCCGUCGAUGAUCAAGGACCAGCUCGUGGACCCGGAAGGCUGC